AUUACAAAAUAGAAAAUAUCGUUUCAAUUGAAGCUCUGCAAAAUAAACUUCAACCAAAAUAUCAUAAUAAGCACACAAGUUAUAUUUUUGAAUGCAAUUGGAAACAACUAAGUCAAUGCAUUUCUAAUAGCAUUAAGCUGUUCAUUAUUAUUGAUAGCCAUAGUGCCUCACCUCUCCACUCAGAUGUGUUUCGCAACGUGCAUUUUGCGGCUCUUUGAGGAAUUCGUUAGUUAACAAAACCAAAACAAAAAAUUGAUUGAAUAAUGGAAAUUACUCUUGCGCUGCUAAAGCCACACGUGCUGCGUAAUAGCUACGCACUACAACAAAUAAAAACACUAAUAGGAAAUAAUUUCACUAUUCUGGAAUCCAAAGAAGUCUGUAUUACCAAGGAAUUGUCGGAACGUUUCUACGCUGAGCACAAAGGAAAAUUCUUCUAUCAUCGCCUUAGCACCUUUAUGAGAAGCGGUCCUUGCUACGCAUUUAUAUUAGAAUCGGAAUCAUGCAUUGCCAAGUGGCGCCAUCUAAUGGGGCCUACGAAAGUAUUUAAGGCUGUCUAUAGCGAACCAAAUUGCAUACGAGCUCUCUACGGAUUAUCGGACACUCGAAACGCCUGCCAUGGAUCGGAUAGUGAAUCCUCUGCGUUGCGAGAGAUUGCCAUACUGUUUCCAGAGUUUAAAAUCCGAAAGCCCGACAAGCAUAUUCAGUGACCAAUCUACCUCGUGAAAAUGAACUUCGAAAUAUGUUAAUUGCAAAAGUCAUAAUACAAUUUUCAAUUUAUUGCGAGUGCCUUUGCUAAAACACAAAAUGAAAUGAUACACCUAA